GUUUAAGAAAUAUGAAUAUGAAGAAAUGCAUUUUAUUGAUGAUGAUGGUAUUAAUAAUAAUUGUGACCAUGGAAAGAAAAGUAGAAGGAAAUUCAUGCAUGGACAAAUGUUUGUUCUUGUGCGGAUUUUUCUUUCAACAUCCAGUAGCAUGCGAAGACAAAUGUGAGCUCAAAUGCCAUCCACCUCUUUCAUCUCAAUCAUCACAGAUGGAGACUAUAGGAAUGAGAAACAUAAGAGGAUAAAUUUAUCAAGCAAAUAAUUAUGAUAUUUGUAAGAACGUUUUUUAGUUAC